AUGGAUAGUGUAUACAUUGAACAUCUAGAUGUGCAGAUAGCGAUCCAGAUGGACAGAGCAACGAAUCGUAUAGAGCCAUGGAAAAUAGCAGUCAUCACUGUGUCAGUCAUAGUAGGUUUAGCCCUCAUCAUUGGCUUGAUUACAUUUUUUUUGUGCCAUGAUCAGGACCGAUACUACAAUGCAUCUUUCCUAAUCACCAAUGUCAAGUACAACCCUCAGUACGAAAGGCAAACCACAGAAGAGUUCAGGCACCUGAGCCAAGAGAUUGAAACCAUGAUAUCUACAGUAUUCAAGGAGUCCUUUCUGAGUAAAAGGUACAUCAGGUCCCAUGUUGUCAGUCUAAGCCCAGAUCCUGGUGGAGUGCUUGCAUCUGUUGUUCUGGUAUUUAAAUUUGCCUCAGCUGACAGUAUGGCAAUGAGCUGGGGUCACAUCAACCAUGCAUUACACAGAAGGCUAAAAACAAGCUCCACAUUCUUGAAUGUUGACCUGUCUACCCUUAAGCUCACAGAGUUGAACAAGGAAAAGGGAGAUAACCUUUUAAACAACUGCUGUGGAAUACGAAGACACACAUUCUCCUUCACAGGAGUGGAGAGAAUAGUUGGUGGGCAGCGUGCGCAGGAUGGAGAAUGGCCGUGGCAGGCUAGCAUUCAGCUUGAUGGGACCCAUCGCUGUGGUGCAUCAGUGAUCAGUAAUACGUGGCUAGUGACUGCAGCCCACUGCUUUAGAGGAGGAGGAGACCCUCGGAGGUGGACUGCCAGCUUUGGAACUCUGCUGAGACCUCCAAAACAGAAAAAAUUUGUCCGAAGAAUUAUCAUUCAUGAAAGAUACAGCAACUCCAUUUUUAAUCAUGACUAUGAUGUGGCUGUUGUGGAACUUGCCUCUGCUAUUGAGUUCACGAGUGAUGUGCACAGUGUCUGUCUUCCUGAAGCAUCUCAUGUUUUCCCAGACAAUGCUUCCUGCUUUGUCACAGGUUGGGGAGCUUUGGAGAAUGAUGGCUAUAGUGUUAAUCAUCUUCGACAAGCAGAAGUGAAACUUAUAAGCACUGCCACUUGUAAUAGCAGGCAAGUGUACGGUGGAGCGAUCAAACCUGGAAUGUUGUGUGCUGGAUACUUGGAGGGGCAGGUGGAUGCCUGCCAGGGUGACUCUGGUGGGCCACUGGUGCAUGCAAACUCCAGAGGAAUCUGGUAUCUUGUUGGAAUAGUGAGCUGGGGAGAUGAAUGUGGCAAGCCAAAUAAACCAGGAGUGUACACACGAGUGACUUACUAUCGAAACUGGAUCAACUCCAAAACAGGCAUCUGAAACCUGCAGCGGGUUAAGUUUUGUGGGCUGUGUACGGCUAUUCCUCUGACACGUUCUACCCUCUAAACAGCUGCUGGCUUAGCUUGUGGUCAUGUAUCAAGUGCCAGCCAACAUGGAGUAGUCUAGGACUUGAAAUUGGUUUGGCCUACAGCCAGACAGGAACGGACUUGAUCCACGUGACAGCUGUUUGUUCAGGAAGUACUCUGUCAAAUGGACAACUGCCUUUAUAUGCAAUAUACUGACCUUUUUUUCUCUGUGGCCAAAUGUCUUGGCCCCUACUUCUAUACCCAGGCAAAGCAUUUGAGCCAAAUCAUUUACCAGCAUCCAAGACAAGUUAUAACUAAAACGUGACCUGUCCAUUUGCUGCGUGCUCCCAAGGCCCAACCGUUCCGUAGACCAGCUGCAAUCCAGCCUCUGACUCCAAGGCUGCUGUGCUUCUGAAUUUGUCUUGAGCUUUUUCCUGCAUCAUUCUAGAGAGCGUCCUCUAAUGAAGAAUGGAAGAUGGCUUAGAGAAGUCCUUGUUGCCAGUGUCACGUUGGACUGUUACUUAGGUGAAUAGAGAAUUUUUCCUUGCUGUGUUGUCCUGAAAAAGGAAUCAGUGGAAGACACCAGCUUUGAACAAGUGUAUGCAUGCCCACUCAUCACUCCGUGUGAACAGCCCCUACCACAGCAUUUGCCGUGAGAAUGAUUGCUGGACAUAAGACCAAAAACCACGUUACAUUCAUACCAGUCUGUUGUCAUAUCGGAGUAUUUGGCUGAGUUAAUUUCCUUUUUUAACUUUCCAGAUUGUAUUGCUAUGAAUAAAAGUCCUUGGCUUUUUGUGCAGGAUGGAGGAUUGUAACCAUCUCAAUAUGACCACUGCAAACAAAAAAAAAUCCAAACCAAAAAAAACCCUCUCAAACUGCUUAUUCUUGUGAAUCCUGUUCAAAUGUCCAAAGUCUUUAUAAUUUAAUAUGUGCCUCUUCAGCUGCAUCCUAAAGAAAAAAAAAACCUUUUGUGUUAUGGUGGGAAUACCUGCCUCCUUCAGAGCAGGGCAGAACUUCCAACUGACCCAGUAAUCUUAUGUGAAGAUUCCUCUCUUCUGCCAGGAAGUAAGAAUAGCCUGUGUCUCAUUGCCAGACCAUAGGUAUCUCAUUUGAUCUCAACUGCACAAACUCUUUCUGUCUGACUUUGUUUUCAGGAACCCAUGUUUCUGUCUGCCAGGUAGAUCUCAAAUGCUUCUUACACCCCAGCAGCAGAAGGUGCCUAUUCCUGAUGAGGAUGUUUUCCUUGGUGUAUCUGCAGACUCUUUCCAACACUUAUUGUGGAUGUUGAUCCUGACAACCGCAAGUGCUGUGGUCUUAGUUGCUAGAUAAUGAGCCACUCAAUUUCUCUCUUUUCCCUCUAUGGUCAGAAGAGAAAGAACUCAGCACAGGAGAUGCCAGCCACACUGCCAAGACUUGGAGCUGGUCCAGUGUGGCAAGCAAGCAAGAACCUUAUGCCAGGCUAGAAAAGGUAAACUGCAGGCUUUUGGCAUGCUCGUAGUUAGAUGAUCUAGUGGAAACAGGCCCUCAGUGACUACAGCCUUAAGGUCAAAUUGUUGUCCAAGUUGAGUACAAGUCAGUUGACAUAGUCAGUGGUAGAUCAGGGGAUCCCCUCUGGACUAUGCAGCUUGCGGCAAAUGCUGCCAAACAGAGCAGCAAUCCAUUGACUUAA